UUGCGGAAAUAAACAUUGCUCAGCUGUCAAACAAAUAAAUUUGCAUAUUUUUACGUGGAUAUUUAUCAAAAUAAAAAAUGACUCUAAAGAAAUAUAGUAUUAUAUUCAUAAAUAAUAUAUCGUGUCAUAUUUUAUUUCAGUAAAGAUCAGUUCCGUCAUAUUUUUAUGUUUUUCGAGCAGCAUAGUUAUUCGGGUCACGAUCUCAGGGUGAAGGUCAUUUUUGUUUUCCGACUCGACCCGAAGAAGCUAGUUUUUUUACAUUAUUUUGCUAGUUAUUCAUUGUAGAGUAGAUCCAUCCAAUCAGACAAUUAUAAUGUUUAACUUUUAAUUCAUGGUGUCAUCCAUUUUCACAAUAAACAUUAUUUUUCUUUCGGUAAUGUUUUGGUCACGUGACCAUAAAAACUCUUAAACCGUAAACAUUCACAUUCACGGGAGUCAACAUAGAAAAGUUUGAGACGGUAUCGACGAUGUUUAUGUUCUAUAAUUUCACAUCUAGAUGACGAUUUGCCGACAAAGAAUAGUGGACAUUGAAAGCAAGCAUGUCUGGCUAUAAAUUUUGACAGUUAUUUAUUGCGAUUUCAAACGAUGAAACCAGAAAAAGGCUUGGAUGAAAUGGAAGAAAAAGUGUAUGACCCUCGGGAUAUGUUUGCGGAGAUUGGACUGUUAAUCACUGAGGCUCGAAUGCCCGACUUGUCACGGAAAGGAAGAGUGGAAGGGCCACAUUGUCCUCCGCUACAAGGGGUAAAAGGACAUGAAUGUGAUCGGCACAAAGAACAGUGCCGUAAAGCAAGUGACUUGCUCGGUUUUCAAGAGAUUCUGUGGCAGAACAAGAUACCCAUGCGAAUUGACGUGCUACUGUUUCCAAAUUGUGAACAUGGCUACCUGGAAGAAACCAUUGUAGAGGGCGCCACUUUUAGCUGUAUGGACAAUUUUGAAUUGCUUGAGAGGUGGGAUGUUCAGUUAGUAAAGAAAAGGUCACCAGAGAGACUCGAGGGUUUUGUCAGUGGCCGUAUUCAUCUGCAGGCUGUUAGAAGUUACCUUCACUUCUCGCAACUCAGUUCUUGGCUGAUAUCAGCAGGUGGGGCUAUACCUUUCAGGGUGGUUUACAGGAUAUAUGCACCCGGUGAAGCGGUAGGCUACACUUUCAACAAUCUACCAGAAGUUCAUAAUUUCCCGUCUGCUGAACUGGCAAAUGUUGUGAUGAGGUCUACAGUAGCUCAUCUUCCGCGGCAGGAUAAAUUCAUGUCCUUGUUUUGUAGGUCACAUUCUCCAACGAUUGAGCAACAUCUUAGACACAAUAAAAUGGGCGGGGAUGAAAGGAAACGAAGGACCACCCCUUUGGGUGGAGUAAUAAAUGAGCCACAGCCUUCAACAUCCAAAUGUCCAAUCGACUUUGAUACAAGAGACAUAAAUAGAUACAAAACAAAAUCUGAAAAGGGAUUAAGCUUACCAGAUCAGCAACAAAUGAAGCAAAAGCCACCCAUUGGUCCAAAAAUAAAAGAUGACAGUCAAUUUAAAUCGCGAAGUGGGCCUUGUCCAAUGAGCAAAACACCGAAAAGGAAAGUAGAUGAUCUGUCUCCGACAAUAAAAUAUUCGUAUGACUUUCCAAAAGAAACAGACAGUCAAAGCUGUCAAUGUGAACAGGUCCCAACUAGUCAAACUUCAUUGUCAAAUGUAAAACCAGUUGCCGUGACAACAAAACUAUCUGUGAUUCAAACACCUUCCAUUACGUGUCAAACCUCUAUAGGGAAAAACUAUGACGAUUUAAGAACACCUGAGAAAAUAUCUCAUGCGAAAAUUCAUCCCUAUCGCAAACCUGCCUCGUUGUCGGUUACAACAAAUAAUACACUUAUAGGCAAUAAAAGACUACCUAGUCCAAAAGUUUUAGUAACAGGUAGUAAAAAACCUGAGCCAACAGAUUACAAAAAGCGAUGCUUAGAUCUGAAUUUACAAGAAAACUCACUUGAAUCGUCUGAUAAUUUCGUUGGUUUAGAUGAAAUCAUUUCUGACGAUCUACACGAUCUCAUCAAGCCUAUAAGUCCGAGUGACUUCGAAGCUUACCUAACUAGUCUUUCAAAUAAAGCUUCUAAAAAGCUGGGAGCUUCAAAACUUGAUGAUAUUCCAACUACAAAAUGUAGUUUCUUCCUUGGAGAUGAAAGUGAUUCUAAAUAUCUGGAGGAAAGGAGUAGCAUUGAACCUAAAGAAUGGGAAAAGACCAUCAAGGAUGUUACUUCUGCCAAAACCCAAUGUCUUUCAAGUGAUUUUAGCAUUGAUAACAAGAAACAACUCACACCUCAGAAUUCGGAAGGAACUCAUGUGCGUAAACUUUUUGUCGGGCCGGAGCCGGAACAAGAAAAAGGUUCUGUCUCAGUGCAUCAUGAAAUAUCAAAGGAUAUUGAAACAAAUUCGACAAAUGUAAGAACAUCGUAUUAUACUACCAGUGAAAAAAGCCAUGAAAGUUUACCUAUAAAGGAUGAAGUAGGCAACUUAAACAAAACUGAUCUUUUGCAGCCAGAAAAUGUCGCAUUUUUAGAUCUCCAUACUCAAAAAAGUCUUUCAAGGGAAGCAACUAAAAGUUGCUCAGGGGAGAGCACUACGACUAGCAGUUCAAGAAAUAUAACUCAAAGUUGUGCUAAGAAAAGGGAGUUGACUCUAAAAACAUUAAGCAUUCCAUGUAGUAUAGGGGGAGAUAAUACUGCUAUGAAUUCUCUAGUCAGUAAUCUUGAAUGUAUGGAUAUUGAUGAAAAUAAUCCUAUAUCAAACAUACCCUCCUCUGUAGAUAAUGAGGUGGAGAAUCACUUUAAACAAGAACUAUUUCAAAAUGGUUUCAGUAAAAAUAAAGCUGAACAAAGCGAUGCUACAGAAAAAGCCGCAGAAAACUGUGAUACAAGCCCAAACCGGGAUUUAUCUCUGUGUAAACAAUUACUAAGGAGAGAAUUUCAGCAAAAUGUCAAAAAUGAGAUGUUAACCCAUUCAAAUCAAGUUUAUAAGAGUUUGCCGUCACCUGAAGAUAUCAAACAGUUUCAGUUUGUUAUGGGACGUAGUGCCAGUGCUAUUUUUAAUGCCUCAACUGGUCUUCCAUCUCGAUCUAGUCCAGCUCCUAUCAAAAAGAAAUCUGCCACCCGAUUUGAUUAUGACUGUUCAUUAACAAAUGUUAGGGCCAUUAAAAACGCAAUAUCGUGCUCGAAGCUGACGUUACAAUGUGAAGGUUGCUGUGAUACAAUAGAAGAUCCGAAAAUUCUCAGCACAAGUGCCCCAGCUUCCACUAAUUGUCUUUUAGGAAAUUUCGAGGAGUCUGUGUUGAAUGGAAGGAUCGAACCUGUUGGAGUGGUGGAAGGGUUCACGGUGGAAAUCGGUGCCGGGGGUACUUUUUGUCCUAAACAUGUCACACUGCCUGUGAUCGCCUAUUUCUUUCAACUAUCAGAUGACAACGCACCCUCGCCGUAUCUGGGAUAUGUGAAUCUAGAACCAUUGGGAAAGAGAGGCUACCAUAUACCAAGAACGGGAACGGUACAACUUACCCUGUUCAACCCAAACAAGACUGUGGUAAAGAUGUUUGUUGUGAUGUAUGACCUCUCUGAUAUGCCAGCCAAUUGCCAAACAUUUCUUCGUCAACGCACCAUGUAUACACCUGUAGACACAAACAGCACGGAUCCAUCAUACCUCCGAUAUUUGAUACAUUUAAGGUUUCAGAGUAGUAAAUCAGGUAAAAUAUAUCUGCAUACUGACAUUCGAUUGAUUUUUGCACGAGACAAAUUUGAAUUUGACCCGCAAGUGGCCAACUACGAACUGCGAUCUUUCACAGAGGGACCCGAGAACCCAAAAUUCUCUCCAAAGCGAUAACGAUUGUGAAAAUUAGGAAGCAAAAUUAUUUUAGAUUAGUUAAGCAUAGUUUAUAGGUAUUUAUUAAUGAAGUAGCUAUCACAUAUUGUUUUAGUACCCAUAUAACCAUGCAAUAUUUCAUAAUAUGUUAUUAAGGCAUCAGUGGCCCAGUGGUUUAGGUUGUUAACUUCAAACCACUUGCCCCUCUCCGGUUUUGGUUUUAGUCAUGCCAGGGACUUAAGAUUCUUUCAUUUUAGGAAGCUAUCCAGCUAGCUCAAGAAACAGUGAUGGUUCUAAUCAGGUGUCCCCUUAUGCCUGAAAUAAUGCACAGAGAGGCACCUGCAUCAAUUAAGCAGGAAAGUCGCAAUAUGACCUCUUCAGUGUUAGUGCAACGUAAAACACAACCAAAAUACAUUUUUGCUAGUACUUCUUUAAGUAUUCUUUUCCACGAUAAUUCCAUUAAUCACUUACAAUUGUAAUUAAGGCUAUAUAUUCAGUAUGUUAUGAACAUGCCAUUUGUGUCAUUAUAGCUUUGACGUUUCUUUGUAUCAAAUAUGACACAUUUACAAUGUAAUUGGUUACACUUGCAGAAUAUUGAAAUUACAUGUUAUCGAUUACACAUGUAGAAUAACUUGUUUACAUGUAAUUGAUUGCUCAUGUAGAAAAAGCGCCAAUGGCCGAUCGGUUAAAGUAGUUGACUUCAAAUCAUUUGCCCCUCACCGCUGUGGGUUAGAAUCCUGACAGGGACUUUGGAUUCUUUCAUGUGAGAAAGCUAUCCAGCUAGCUAACUAAAAGUCUGUGGUUCUACUCUGGUGCCCGUUCAUGCCUGAAAUAAUGUACGGAAGGGCAUCUGAGGUCUUCCUCUACCAGUAAAG